GUCAGUAAAUUCCAGCAGGUCGGCGGUGCGGCUGUGUCGCAACUGGCUGGCACGAAUCAGAGUUUCCAAGAACCCUGAAGAAGGAAACGUGGUCCUUGGUUUAAAGCGUGAAGAAAAUGGGGACAGUUCCGCAGCCAAUCAGGAGAAAGCUGGUUGUGGUGGGUGACGGGGCUUGUGGGAAAACCUGCCUGCUCAUCGUCUUCAGAAAUGAUGAGUUCCCAGAAGUCUACAUUCCUACUGUCUUCGAGAACUAUGUAGCAGACAUCGAGGUGGAUGGAAAACAAGUGGAGCUCGCCCUGUGGGACACGGCAGGACAGGAAGACUACGACCGACUGCGCCCGCUGUCCUACGGUACGUACGAGACAGACGUGCUGCUUGUCUGCUUCGCUAUCGACAAUCGGGACAGUUUCGUCAAUGUCGCAGACAAAUGGGUUCCCGAGAUCAAGAACUACUGCCCCAAAGCACCUUUCCUAUUGGUCGGAAACAAGAAAGACUUGAGAACGGACAAAGCUCGCAGGAAAGAGUUGGCGGAAAUGAAGGAAGAAGUCGUCUCGACUGAAGAAGGGUUGGAGAUGGCCAAGAAGGUUGGCGCUACAGCGUACAUCGAGUGUUCUGCCAAGACGAGAGAAGGUGUUCGCGAUGUCUUUGAGUCAGCCACUCGCGCGGCACUGCAGAAGAAAAAACAAAAAACUGCAGGCUGUUGUGUAUUAAUGUAGCACCUGAGUAACCAACGUUUCAUAGAAUAGAGUGUUGGUACUGUGGAACAUUGGAUAGAAGCUUGUAAGAGAUAGCACUGAGGGACAGUAUCUGUUGAUUACAGUACUGUUGUACAUGUAAUUUAUGGAAACUUCUAGAAAUUCUAUUCAGUCACCAAUAUUGAUUAUGUUUGCCUUUCUCAAGGUGGAAGCAACAGAUCAUACCAAAAAUGCACCCUUUGCAACCCACUGUAAGUUCCAAGUAGUAGCCAAAUCAGUUUUAGAAAAAUUGACAGCAAAAACAUAACCAAGUAGGUUAUAUAUAGAAAUAUUAAUGAAAUAAAAACACUUCACAUUUGUAUAAUGUGAUCUUGUAUGAUCUUUUGUAAAUAACUGUUAGGAGCUGUUUAGAUUUUGUGUUUUGCAAAUUGUUACCUGCAGGAACAGGUGAAAUGUUAAUUUUUGGCUGAAGAAAAGGGAAAUCAUGGACUAUGAGGAAUAAAAUGUAUCACAUACAUGUACAUGUAACGUUA